AUGGGACGCCUGUAUCUGUUGCUGGCUGUCACUCUUUCCCUUCUCAUCUGCCAGGUUUCGUGCUCCGGAGUUUUUGAGUUGAGGUUGCAGGAGUUCCUCAAUAAGAAAGGGGUGACGGGGAACAGCAACUGCUGCGCCGGGGGCUCGGCGCCCCCACAGGGCUACCAGCAGUGCGAGUGCAAGACGUUUUUUCGGAUCUGCCUCAAGCACUACCAGGCUAGUGUCUCACCCGAGCCUCCGUGCACAUACGGCGGAGCCGUGACGCCCGUUUUGGGCUCCAACUCUUUCCAGGUGCCGGAGACCAACGCAGACAGCUUCACCAACCCCAUCCGUUUCCCCUUCGGCUUCACCUGGCCGGGAACCUUUUCACUCAUCAUUGAAGCUCUGCACACUGAUUCUUUGGACGACCUGACAACAGAAAACCCAGAGCGUCUGAUUGGCAGGAUCACAACUCAGCGUCAUCUGACUGUGGGAGAGGAGUGGUCCAAUGACCUGCAGACGGCUGGCCGGACUGAGCUGCGGUAUUCCUACCGUUUCCUGUGUGAUGAGCACUACUACGGUGAGGGCUGCUCCGUCUUCUGCCGGCCCCGUGAUGAUGCCUUUGGACACUUCACCUGCGGGGAGCGGGGCGAGAUCAUAUGCAACUCUGGCUGGAAGGGACAAUACUGCACCGAACCGAUUUGCCUGCCAGGAUGUGAUGAGGAGCAUGGCUUCUGUGACAAGCCUGGAGAGUGCAAAUGUCGUGUUGGCUUCAGCGGGCGUUACUGUGAUGACUGUAUCCGUUACCCAGGCUGUCUCCACGGUACCUGCCAACAGCCAUGGCAAUGCAACUGUCAGGAAGGAUGGGGUGGUCUCUUUUGCAACCAGGAUCUAAACUACUGUACUCAUCAUAAACCCUGUCUUAAUGGAGCCACCUGUACCAACACCGGCCAGGGCAGCUACACUUGCUCCUGCCUCCCUGGUUAUGCAGGUGCCAGCUGUGAGAUCCAGGUCAAUGAAUGUUCUGGAAACCCCUGUCACAACGGAGGCAGCUGCACUGACCAUGACAAUACCUACAAGUGUUCUUGUCCACAUGGUUUCUACGGCAACAACUGCGAGCUCAGCGCCAUGACUUGUGCAGAUGGGCCUUGCAUCAAUGGUGGGCGUUGUACUGACAACCCUGAGGGCGGCUACUUCUGUCAAUGCCCCAUGGGAUAUGCUGGCUUCACCUGCGAGAAGAAAAUUGACCACUGCUCUUCAAACCCCUGCUUAAAUGGUGCAGAGUGUGUGGACCUAGUUAACUCCUACCUCUGCCAGUGUCCUGAGGGAUUCUCGGGUCCAAACUGUGAGGACCGAGGCAGCAGCAGUGUCUCAGGUCACUGUCUGUCCUUCCCCUGUCAGAACGGAGGGACAUGUCUGGAGGGAGUGAACGGCUACACCUGUACCUGCCCCCCUGGCUAUACUGGCAAAAACUGCAGCUCCCCAAUAUCCCGCUGCCAUCACAACCCUUGCCAUAAUGGAGCCAUUUGUCACGAACGGGGUGGCCGCUAUGUGUGUGCCUGCGCACCUGGUUACGGUGGCCAGAACUGCCAGUUCCUCUUACCGGAGGCUCCCAGGGGCCAGCCGGUGGUGGAGGGACCAGAUCGGCGAUAUUCCUCACCAGAAAACGGGAAUGGUGAAGAAGAGGAGGGCGAUGGUGAUAUCGGAUUCCCCUGGAUGGCCGUGUGUGCGGGUAUCUUUCUCGUUCUCUUGAUACUUAUCGGCUGUUCAGUGCUAGUGGUCUACGUCCGGGUCAAACUUCAGGAGCGUCACGGUCAACACAGUGACAGCAUCCACAGUGACAGCCACGAGACGAUGAACAACCUGACGACAACCAACAACUGUCUACGCAAUGACAAGGAGCUGGGCACCAUGACAACAACAUCAAUUAAAAACACCAACAAGAAGGUGGAUUAUCAUGUUGAGUUGGCCGGAUCGGUCAGCGGAUUGAGUGGUUUCAGUGGACUUAGUGGGCCAGAGAAAAAUGGGUUUAAGACUCGCUACCCCAGUCUAGAGUACAACCUCGUCCAUGAGCUGAGGCCAGAAGAGCUGUCUCUGUGUAAAGAAGAGGAACAGGAUGACCUAGAGGCCAAGUGUGACUUAAUGGAUGAGUCUGACUCAGAGGACAGAGAGAGGAAGAGACUAAACAGUGACGCGUCAGAGAGGAAACAAGCGGAUGAGUCACCUUGUUGCAGUGAUGCAAAAUACCUGUCAGCUGGCGAUUUGAAAUACCACUCAGUCAGUGAUGUUAAUUGCCAGUCGACCAGUGACAUUAAAUACUGUCCCAGCGACAGCAGGUACCAGUGUACCACCGACACCAAAUACCAGUCCGUCUACGUCAUAUCUGACCAGAAGGAUGAAUGUAUCAUCGCUACAGAGCAGCCAGGGGAAACGGCGGAGAUGUACAUCCGGACAUUGUACGAGCUGGCUGAACACUGCGAGUUCAGGGACAAGAGAGACGAGCACGUCAGAGAUCGCCUGGUGGUGGGCAUAAAGGACUAA